UUUAAAUAACACUGGCCUUUUCUCUGUAGGAAGUGGAAAAUUCUGGCUAGCAGUUGCUAUAAUAAUGGCAAUCAUCGCUUUCGGGCUGCAGCAUUUUCUUCAGCCAGAAUCUCCGCCUCAGACGAAUGAUGUACGGCAGAUAGACGUCUUCCUCAGGCAGCUGGAAAAAGUAAAGACUCGGUUUCCUAACCAGCGUGCCGAGCUCUGGAAUAGGAGCAGGAUCCACCUUAAGAGACACCUUCAGACCCCACAGCCCACAGAGCCCGUGAGUCUGAUUCUCACUGCAGGCCUCAGAGCUGAGAAGACGCUGAACUGCCUAGCUCGGGACCUGGCCUCCGCCUACUCUUCUGCCCGGAACGCCUCCGUCCUCCACAUAGAUGGAGCCAGCAAAGCCAGCCAGGACAGUGACCAGGUCAAACUGGACAUUGACAGGAAGUUGCAGGGAGCUUUUGAAGGAGACAAACCUGUAGCCGUCAUUCAUCGCUUUGAAGAGCUACCUCCGGGCUCCACGCUAAUUUUUUAUCGCUAUUGCGACCACGAGAAUGCAGCGUACAAGAACACUUUACUGAUCUUCACUGUACUGCUGGGGGAAGAAGAUGAGAUUCCUGCUAAGAUUAGCUUGUGUGCUGUUGAGGAGAUGGUGGAUGACCACCUUCAAAAAAAAUUCCUCACUCAUGGCCACCCAGUGUCUUUUGACAUGAUGGACCUGGACAAAUAUGGUGGACUGUGGAGUCGUAUUUCUCACCUUAUCCUCCCCGUGGCAGCAGAGGAGAGAAUAGAGCUUGAAGGGUGCUAGAGAGCAGAAGCAUUCAUUCUAGUCUGAACUUUUAAUCUGGGAACUAAACUGGGUAAUUGAUCAUUUGGGAGGUAGUAGACCUCAAGGAUAUUGAAUAUACAGAUGUGGACUUCCAGAAUGAAUGAGAAUCAUUAUGGUAUGGGAUUUAAAGUAAUUUCUCUGAUCAGAUGUAAUUAUGAACAGAUAAUUGUAAGUUUAUUUGGUCUCUGCAUUAUAUUUAAAAUUUUGAAGGUAAUUUCUGCGUUUUAAUAAAUACUUGGAGUCACAAGAUAGAAAGAAGAACUAUUCUUUUGGUAUCACGGCAAUGGGGUUUUUAAUUGUUAUUGCAAAUGUCUUCUGUGAUUCGGAAACUUGCAUGGCACCGACAUGCCUUAACUGAAAAUACAAAGUCCUUUUUGUCUAUAUGUACAUGUACGCGUUACACUAUGGAAUAAAGAAUGAAGACAAAUACAUAAAUUAUAUGUGCCUUAAAGUAAAAAAAUAAACGCUGAAGAAUUUUAAGUCUUUUGUGACUGGAAUGAACACUGUUGCCACCAGAGGGCAGCAAAUCCACAUCUGAAACUUGUCUCCAGCGUCUGUGAAGAGGCUUGGUGGCAUUUUGAAAAGCAGCAUAAAGUUUGCAUAUGAAGUCAAACUGCAUCUUCUUUAAUCUGGAACUG